AUGACUCAAAUCGGCUGGUAUGGCCUCGGUUCCAUGGGCCUCGCCAUGGCGAGCAACCUACAGCGACACGUCGUCGCCAAAAAGUCCCUAAACCUGCUCUACACCAACCGCACAAUGUCGCGCGGUGGACCGCUACAGUCUCUAGGCGCCAUCGCCGAACCAAGCUUCGAGAAGCUUGUGUCGCGCUGCGGAAUCAUUUUCACCAUGGUCGCAAAUGACUCUGUUCUGCAGAGCCUCAUCUCUUCUGCUACCCAAUCUGGUGAGUCUCUCAAGGACAAGAUCUUUGUCGAUUGCUCGACCGUUCACCCCGACAUGGUGAGCUCGGCCGUUGCGCAGCUGAAGGGACGCGGAGCCUCAUUCGUUUCUGCACCUGUGUUUGGCGGAAAUCCCAUUGCUGUUGACGGGAAGCUUGUGUUUGCGAUUGGAGGUCCUAAGAGCGCGACCGAUGCUGUGAAGCCGUUUAUUCAGGAUGUUAUGGGUCGCAAGGUUAUUGAGUGUGGUGAGGAUGCUACUAAGUCCUCUCUGUUGAAGAUUGCGGGUAACAUUGUGACUGUUAACAUGAUGGAGGCCGUCGGCGAGGCCCAGGUCUUUGCUGAGAAGACUGGACUUGGAACGGGGCCCAUGGAGGAGUUGAUUGGUGAAGCCUUUGGUCCUGUGGCCGGAGGAUACUCUAAGAGAUUGACCACCGGAGCCUAUGCACCACCCCUGGACUCUCGGCCUGGCUUUGGUGUGUCCCUAGCCAUCAAAGAUGCGAACCACGCUAUCUCGAUGGCAAAGGCACAAGAUGUUCAGCUUCCCGGCCUUGAGCUGGCUCGUGCCAACAUGGAAGCUGCUCGGAACUAUGGAGGUGAAUGUCUCGACAGCAGCUCUAUGUAUGGUGUUCUGCGACAAAAAGCUGGGCUUGCAUUCUGGAAUGAGAAGAGCCGAAAGCAAUAG